GAUUAAACAUAUUUGUUAGGGGAUUGUAAUUAAUGUUUUACCACUGGAUAAGUUUCCCAAACCUAUAUAAUCUACACCGCACAUAAUGUGGGCCCGAAAAUCGACGGUGUAGAUUUUCUGGAGUCGGGAUCCCGGGACCUGCCAGACGUUUCAGGAACACCGGAGCACUUUCAAUUUUCGGUUGCAUAUUGUCACUAUGCCUUCUGGUUUCGUGUUCAGCGUUGAGCUACCGAAUUCCUGCUUUGAAUUCCCAAUAAAUCUUCUGUACACUGCAAAGUUGUUCGUGAUCGUCAUCCCUGCAGUUUCGUCUCCAUGGUGUUGAUUUGCUUUCUCUUAAUCUGCAGAAAGUUUGUCUCUGUUUAGCUGUACAUGUUUUUUCUGCUUUUAUGCAUGCGAUUCUUCCGGAUUCCGAUCAGAAUUUGAGGCAUUAAUGGAGGCGGCAACUGGAAUCGAUGAUACUUUUCAAGAAAUUCACCGCGAACACGAUGCUGGAGCUUCUUUUGUGCUGCAAUCUAAAGGUAAAUGGUGGCAUGCCGGAUUCCAUUUGACGACGGCUAUAGUAGGUCCUUCAAUACUGGCGUUGCCGUACGCUUUCCGGGGGCUAGGAUGGGAGUUAGGGUUUGUCUGCCUGACGGCGAUGGGGAUGGUGACGUUUUACGCCUAUUACCUCAUGUCGUUGGUGCUCGACCACUGUGAGAAAGCCGGACGCCGUCACAUCCGAUUCAGGGAACUCGCCGCCGAUGUUCUCGGAUCUGGAUGGAUGUUCUAUUUUGUGAUCUCAAUUCAAACUGCUAUAAAUACCGGCAUCAGUAUUGGAGCCAUUUUGCUUGCAGGGCAGUGCCUUCAGAUCGUCUACUCAAACUUUUCUCCGGAUGGAUCGCUGAAAUUGUAUCACUUCAUAAUUAUGGUGACAGCGGUUAUGAUACUUCUGUCUCAAUUCCCAUCCUUUCAUUCCCUCAGGCAUAUUAACCUCGGCUCCCUUGUUUUAAGCUUCGGCUACAGUUUUCUCGUCGUUGGGGCUUGUAUUCAUGCAGGUACCUCAAAGAAUGCACCUCCGAAGGAAUAUUCCUUAGAGAAGUCGGAAACAUCGAAGUUAUUCAGCGUAUUCACUUCCAUAUCCAUUAUAGCUGCCAUUUUCGGGAACGGUAUUCUACCUGAAAUCCAGGCAACAUUGGCGCCUCCUGCUGCUGGGAAAAUGGUUAAAGGCCUAAUAAUGUGCUACGUCGUAAUCUUCCUCACCUUCUACUCUGUGGCUGUUUCCGGAUAUUGGGCGUUCGGGAAUAAAUCGAAUUCCAAUAUUCUCAAAACAUUAAUGCCGGAUGAGGGAUCGCCCUUCGCCCCUGUUUGGGUAUUAGGCCUUGCGAUCUUGUUCGUUCUUCUUCAACUCUUCGCCAUUGGCCUGGUGUAUUCUCAAGUGGCUUAUGAGAUUAUGGAGAAGAAAUCCGCCGAUGUGAAGAAGGGUAUUUUCUCGACUCGAAACUUGAUCCCGAGGAUCGCUCUUCGCUCCACGUACGUUGUGUUGUGUGGGCUCGUCGCAGCCAUGCUUCCGUUCUUCGGAGACAUCAGCGCCGUGGUUGGCGCAAUCGGGUUCAUCCCUCUCGACUUCGUGCUCCCCAUGCUCCUCUACAACAUGACUUACAAACCAACCAAGACAUCGACUGCGUAUUGGGUCAAUACGUCGAUCGCCGCCGUGUUCACUUGCGUCGGCCUAAUGGGUGCAUUCUCUUCUGUGAGAAAGCUCGUCCUCGACGCCAAAGAAUUCAAGAUCUUCAGCAACAAUGUUGUCGAGUAAGUUCAUCAUCUUUACUAUCUUCAAUUUUUGCUUCAUUUUUUUUUUUUCAAUUUAAUAUAUAUAUAUAUAUAUAUAUAUAUGUUUGGAAGAUUUUUUAAAAAAAAAAAAUUUGUUGGAUGAGAUUAUAGUGUUGCUCGGAAUUCAGAGCAAUGUUGUUUAUUAGUAUUAUAAUUUUUGAGGUAAAAAAAAUUGGAAUGGCUUUAAUAAGUAUUGUAGGUUUUGGGGAAAAAAAAUGGAGAUGACGAUUAUUAGAAAUAUGUAAUUAUUUAUAUAUUUGUGUCUGUGUGCGUAAUAUAGUUAUCGUGUUU